UCUAUAUACUUUCUUCAUAUAUCUGUCAUAUCAUAACACUCUCUCUCUAAAACACUCUCUCUUCUCUCUCUCUACAGCAAACAUGCACAGACAGUCACUUGGCUCACCAGCUUCAAAGCUUCAUCUCCAGAUACUCAAAGAUGAAUCUUUGGCUUCUGAAUCCCAAAACCUAAUCACAGAGGAAAAAUCACAGCACAAAACCCUGAAACUCAAUCCCAAAUCUCCUGAGAAAUACAUUCACUUUAUUCCCAUAUUAACACUCUUUUGCUUCCUCAUUCUUUAUCUCACAUCCCACAACCCUUCUCCAAAUGAUUUGGCUCAGUUCAAGCAUUUCCCAAAGUCCACAGGUUCAGAAGAUGAGAUUGAAACGAUUUUGAAGAUUAAAAACGGCGAUAUAUUGGCGAUCCGGAGCUUAAAGAACCUGGAGGAGAAUGGAAACAAGAAAAAUCGGCUCCACAGAAAAAUCGCCGAUUUUUAGUGCCGGUUAUCUGCUUGUUUCUCUCUCUCGUCUAUAAAUAAAUUGUCGGUGAGAGUUGGCACGUGUGGGCUGCUCUUAUAAUUAAUUUUUUUCUUUAUUUUCAAUUUUAGUGCUGAAUUAUUUCUCUCUGUUUGACAGUUUUCAACGUUGUAAAUGAAAGUCAACAUAUACGUUGUUUAAUUUUGUA